UGGUGUUGUGUUAUGAUGGGGUGUGAUGGUAUGACGGCGCAUCACGACUCUAUAAAACGGGGUGUUUGGGAGACAACCGCUCAGUCUGCUCCCGGAAUGACUCGCUUCGAGACGCACCUCCUCCCGUUCUUCAGCUUAGCCCUCCUCACGACUUCGGCACUUGACUCCUCGGUCUACACUUACCGCGACAUUUUCACGAGAGGCUUCCGUGCUCCAGUUCACGACCACGCUGACCAAUUUCCGGUUCAGUCACCAGUUAAAUCCGGAAAUGGUGAAUCGGUGUUCAACAUCCCCUUGGACCCUUCCGGUCUGGCAAAGAUGUUCUGGUCUCUCGACUAUGUGAGGAACGAGGUGGCAAUUGAGGUGCAUGCCCAUCUUGAACCAACUCAAUGGAUGGCUGUUGGAUUUUCCGACUAUGGAAAACUAUCUCAUGCUGAUCUGUGUGUGUACUGGAUAGACUGGAAACGGAAGGCUCAUAUUCAGGAUGCAAUCUCUGACGAAGGUUGUCAGUUGAUGGAGGAUGUACAUCAAGACUGUAAAAACUUCCGAGCAAUGAAACAUGGAAAUCUCACAAAAUUCAUGUUUGUCAGAAAUUUUGACACCUGCGACAAUCAAGAUUAUAUGAUAGAGGAAGGCACUACCCAUAUUGUUUACUCAAUAGGUGAUGGACCGUUAUUCAGUAUCAAUGGCGUGAACAUAUCAGCUACUGACCACAAUGGUAUGCAACGCACUCAGUUAUUGAAGAAUGUCAACGCUUAUGUUCCACUUCCCCCUUCAGCGUGGAGUUUCGAUGUUGUUGCUGACAAAGUCAAAGUACCCAAUCUGGAGACAACUUAUUGGUGUCAUGUUGUGGAAUUGUCAACCAAAUUGAAGCAGAAACAUCAUGUCAUACAGUUCGAACCAGUGAUUCAGAAAGGGAAUGAGCCACUCGUUCAUCACAUGGAAAUUUUCCAUUGUGUGACAGAUGCCGAGGAGAAGAUUCCGCUAUACAGUGGGCCUUGCACUGCCCCCAACCGCCCCCCGGCCACACAAGUCUGCAAGAAAGUCAUUGCCGCUUGGGCUAUGGGAGCCACUCCGUUCUCUUACCCACCGGAAGCCGGAUUGCCAAUUGGAGGCUCAGACUUCAAUAGAUUUGUGAUGCUUGAAGUUCACUACAAUAAUCCACAAAUGAAAGAUGAUUGGGUGGACAGUUCGGGCGUGCGCGUGCACGUGACAGAUGAACUUCGAGAUCACGACGCUGCCGUCAUUGAGUUGGGUCUCGAGUACAUCGACAAAAUGGCAAUUCCCCCGCGCCAGCAAGCGUUCACGCUCUCCGGCUACUGCAUCACGGAAUGUACAGGCAUUAGUCUGCCGGCUGAAGGAAUUGUCAUAUUCGGAUCUCAGCUGCACACUCACUUGGCUGGAGUCCGAGUGUUGACCAAACAUGUCAGAGAUGGCAAGGAACUCAAAGAACUCAACAGAGAUAACCAUUAUAGCACUCACUUUCAAGAAAUAAGAGUACUAAAGGAACGAACCAUAUUGUUGCCGGGUGAUGCGUUAAUAACCACCUGCUGGUACAACACUGAAGAUCGUCCAAAUAUAACAGUUGGAGGAUUUGCAAUAUCUGAUGAAAUGUGUGUGAAUUACGUCUAUUAUUAUCCAAAAUCAAACCUAGAAGUGUGCAAAAGCUCUAUAUCGGAUAGCAGUUUGAUGAAUUAUUUCCAAUUAAUGAAUGAACUUGAAAAUCAGCCAACAAGUCCUAAUCUGGGUAUUACUGACAAUUACAAGUCAAUAGAGUGGAAUCCAAUUCGAGUGAGGAUACUGGAUGAGCUAUAUCACCAAUCGUCCAUUUAUAUGCAGUGCAAUCAGUCCUCAGGACUCAGGUUUCCUGGAGAUUGGUCAACAAUGCCACUCACAAGAAUUUCACAUCGUCUUCCUCAUCCUGGCCGAGAUUGUCCAUAAGAUCUUGCAGAGUCUAUACUAAAUGUAUGUGUCAUAUAUAGUCCCAGGAAACUAUUAUAGGCCUACCAAUAUAAAAAAAAAUAAUAAAAAUGAUAAUACUCUACUCAACCUAUAGAACUAAAAUUACAUCCUCUCAAAUCUAGGAGAUCUAUCAUUUUAGCUGUACAUAACUGUAACUUCUCAAUUUGAAAUAUCAUUUCAUUUUUUCAGAAAAUAAUCAAUACGAAUUAUUAAGGUAACAUAUUUUGAAAAAAAAUCGAUUCCUCUACUCAUUCAUAAAUUUUUGUCAGUUUUUAUAUGUCUAGUGUAUCUGACUUUGAAUUGUUGAUUGAAUAUAAUUAUAUGAAUUCUAUGUUACAAUAAGACGCCUAUAUAUUCUAUACUUCGGUAUACAAAAAAUGUAAGAAAUAAAAAAUCCAAGUACCCUUUAAAAACUUUAUUCACAACAUGUUCCAACAUUAAUGUCAUUUUCAAGAGUAGCCCUCACCAAAAAGUUAAAAUAGGUAAAAUACAGAAAAAUCAUGACUUUUGCAAGGGAUAGUAUUGUUUUCAGUCAAUAAACAUAUUAAUAAGGUGACUCAUAAUGAAACUACGAUGAUUAGAGAAUGGAAUUAUUCCAAAAAUAAUAUUGUUGUACUUGAAUUCAUUCUGAAUUUUUCUUGCAUGUAAAAAUAGCAUAAGAAAUAUACCUACUCUUUUGUUUGAAAAAUUUGAAAAUCUAUUGAGCAAGCUGUCUAUUUGGGUACAGAGAAGACUACAAAAUUUUCAUGUCGAGGUUCCAAGUACCUAUUAAGUUACUGAUAUUGAUUGAAUAAUUUUUCUCAGAUAUUAAAACUAUUUUUAUCAACCAUUUAUGAAGUAACUUAUACUGCAAUUUAUUCUAUAUUGAACUUGGAACAACAAUAAACUAUUUUGUUCUCUUGAAA